CUGUGUGUGAUAGUGUUCCUGAGUCUCUCCUUGACCAUGGGAGACCCUGGUCCGUGCAGACACUCCAUCACCAGAGAUCACCUGCUGACCAUAAGACACCUGAUAGAGAACCAGUUGCAGAGUGGAUGCUCAAUAACCUACACAUUCAUUGAGCGGAGAAGUUUGAGUAAAUGUUGUUAUGUGAAAGCUGCCCUGCCCUGGAUCUUGGAGCUACUGACCAGCCACUUUAGAUACACCCAAGGCUCAGACAACCACAGCUAUGUUCUGUCUCUGACCUGUCUCAUCCACAACAUCUACUCUCAGAGAUGUGUACCACAGAUCAACGAGGAGCUAGAGGAUGACCCAGUGAGCUUUGGGAUGUCAUUCAGCAGCUCCCCAUCAGAGGCCCUGGGGAGGGUCCAGGAUGUCCUGUCUGAGUACUGGGAGCUGGUGACCACCAGUGACUCCCCGGUAGACUGGAGCUGUGAGAGGGAGUACAGAGACACAGAAGAGCCCCCCACAGUCCUCCCUACAGCUUUCUCUCUGACUACAGUCAGCACUUUUUGGGACUCAGAGAAAGCCCCUCAGACUGGUCUAGAUGGAGCCCAAGUUGGAGACCUUAAGUUUGAUUUCAUGGUCAUAACACCAUCAGUCUGUGGAGGAAUGAUGUUCAUAUUCACUCUCUAUUGCCUCGUCAAACACAAGCCACACGACCACGUGUGA